UUAUUUCUAAUUGACCUUCCACACCUAUUCCGCGUGACCAUUGCACACCAAGGUAUUUCGUUGUUUCUGUUCUGCGCGGUGGGCUGAGGUGCGCUAGGGUUUGAAGCCCGUUCCGGAAUGUUCACUCCCUCGCUUUUUUUGGUCCAAAAAAAUUUAGUACAUCUUUACAAUUACCAAUUUAAUUAAACUAACUUUAUAUACAAAGAGAUUUUUAUUCCAAUUGAAGUGAAGUGGUGUUUUUUCCACUUCACAAUUUGACUGUACUGUAACUUCUGAGAAAUAGAACUUACGGGUGAGUCCGUAGUAAUCUUUGUGGUAAAAUCUCGCUACUCAUGGCAGGUGCGUGGGUGUGUGGGCCGUUGUCUAAAUUGGGCCUUUAGCCAAUAAAAUCUCUAUUGGUUUAUCUAGCAUUUUUAAGCUUACUCCAUUAAAGAUUAACAUUGUGGAGACAAUUCAUUCUAAAAAACGAAAUCUAUCUACUACCUCGUUGGAUUUUACAGGAGUAAAUGGAGGUAAGUACCAGUAAAUCUGAAUCGUUCCCAAUCGACAACUUGUUGGGAUGCAAGCAAAGCCAAGGAGAGGUCAGUUCUUUUGUAACACAUAUUGCCAACACAAGAUCUACAAGCCAAGGAAGAGUAAUUAGUCCCACCCCAGAAAUCAAAGCCUAUCCAGCUCUACACAAAAGAGCAGCAUGUGAGUACCACAAUUACAAGCCCCUGGGUGUGUCCUUCUGCUUUGAAGAUUCUGUAUUGCAGGCAAUUCAUGUAUACAAUGGCACUCAUGGGUUCUCGGUAUGCAAGGCUGAAUUGCCUCUUGGCAUCAGAUUGAAUAUGGAUGGGCAAGAGAUUGUGACUAUUUUAGGUGAGCCCGAUGGUAAAAUGGGUGGUGCCCAUGGAGGGCCGAUUUCCUUGGCCUACAAGGAUAAAGGUCUGCAAAUCAACUUUAUCGGAUCUGACUGGGAGGAUAGGCAUAAUAGAAUUGAUAACAUCACCAUACACCAACCAUUGGAAUAAACUGCUUUGAGUAUGUGUUUUCUUAACGAAUUUCAGCAAGGCAACUCUCUCAUCAAUAGGUACCUGAACAGGUGAUCCACUAAUAUGUGUCUGUUUAUUUUGAAAAAUGGAUCACUUGUUUUGAAUGGAACAAUACUGUUUUUAUGGCUUUCAUUUUUAUAAUUUUUGUUCAGUGUAAAAGGCAAAGCAUUUGGGUGGAUGGCAGUCGAGUACUCAAAUAAACCAGAGGCAGUGGAAGAUAUUACAGGUUCUGUUACUCUAUUUUUUAGCCACA